GCCCACAAUUCUGGCCUUCGCGAACCACCAGAUUCGUAGGGGCCUAACGAACUUCCUACCCCCCAAUGGCACAGCAGACUCUUCCUCAAUACCUUCCUCUUCACUCCCGCCUUCCCUUGAACCUUCAGAACCUAUUUCUCCACAUACUGUGAUGUAUGACAAUGAUCAUUUACAGUCUCAUAAUGAUCAUUCAUUAUCCCAGGAUGAGUUAUCCACAGGAGGAAAUUUACUGACGUUCGACGAUCAUUUAUUGACUCCGGAGGAGCUGCCUUCCCCCGAAGAACAAGUGGCUGCUCUUGUGCGAUUCGUGAGCUACCAAAUUGAGUGGAUGAUUGGAGACCCCCUCUACCUGCCCAACAUCACCCUCAACGUCCUGGACAUUGCAGAACUGCACAGCAUGAGCAUCAACAACUUGAAGCAGGUGACGCAGGUUCAGCAUUUGGCGCUCGAUUUUGACGGCGAGUUUUUCUCCAUCACUACUCAGAUGCUCCACAGCGACGUCUUCAACAGACACCGCGUGCUGUGGGUCCCCGGCGCGGUGUUCCGGACGUGGCAGUGGAAGUGGCAGCUGGGGCUGGUGCAGCACCGCGCGGUGCUCACUCUGCACAGGCAGCACUUGCGCCCCAAACUCGCUGAGUUCUCGGCCAGGCCUGUUGUGUUCAACCCUGACCACGCGAACGCUGGGGUACGCAGGACAGACUACUUUGCGCAACGCGUCAUUGACGGCAUGCGGACGAAAUUUGGGGACUCAUUUGAGGCGCUCUUCUACUCUCCCAUCGUCAAGAACGUGCAGCGCGUCCUCAACUCGCUGGACACCCUGACGCUGGUGAAGCAGUUCGUGUGCUAUGCAGCAGGUCAUCACUGAGGCUAUGCUAUUAUAUUAUAAUACUAUAUUAUACUAUUAUUAUGAUUUAUUAUAAUACUAUUGUUAGUAUUCUAUCAUUCAUAUUUCUCAGGAAAAAACACAUUCUAAUAAUAAAGUUUAAUGGUGUUUACUUGCUCGCGAUCCUCAUUUCCAAUGAUUACUUAUUAAUCAGUACAUUAUUUGUAAUGAUCUUUAAUACAAGUUUCGUUGAAGAACAGAGAGCACGUCUUGUAAAUUCUUUUCCUAAUGUUUUUCUACAUUCGGCGAGCAAGACUUUUGGUGGGAUUUAAAUUCAAAUAUGAAGUUUCAAAGGGACAUUUUAUUAUGAUUUUACGUCGUUUCGGACACACAUUAUGUAUUCAGUAUCAAGCAGAGCGGAGGUUUUGCAACGUUAAAUUUUGGAAUGACAGAUGCAAACAUUAAUUAAGGUAUUGAGGUUACGAUUAGACAAUUAAAACUCAAAAUUACCUCGAAAAUAAUUUCAAUGUCCUGACAAAUCCAAUGGCUUGUCAAUUUAGGCUAGUUAGCUGGAGACUCAUCCUUGAGGGCUUCAGUAAUAGUGUGGUGGUAACACGGUAUAUAAUUUCAUUCGUCUCAACUCGCUUUAACUGAACAGUUUUACUGAAUUGUUUUUGUUUUAUCGUCGUGAAUAUGAUUUUU